AUGUACGUCAAUUACGGUGUCGUUGCCACUUCCAUGGCCCUUUUGUUCGUCCUUGAUCCCAUCAACACGAACUCAGUCUCCGCAGCUUCUCCAGCCGAGGUUCCUCGCCUUCUCAGAACACUUCGUCGUCGAUCCGUGAACAUCGGAUCUCUCAACCCUAGACAAGACACUAGUGCCGCUAAACCUGCGGGUGUUCCUCAAUUGGGACUUUCUGCGGGGACGAUGGAAAUCGUUUCAGCCGGUCUUGUCAGCACAAUUGCCAAGUUUUCAGCUGAUAAAGAGGCUGGAGCCGCAUUUCCAAACCAAGAAGAAAUGUCAAAAGCUGUUGGUCAAGCAAUCGACAAAGCAGGCCUCUCGGACUUCACCAAACUUGCUCAAGCCGUCAAAACCAACAUUGACGCUCUUGCUGAAAAGAAACUUGCCGAAGGCAAAGUCGAUAAGGCUGCUAAACCUGCUCCGGCUGCCUCAACUCCUAAAACAUCUGAGGAUAAGAUUGCGGCUGCUUUAUUGGAAACUCUUCAGAAGUUUUGUGACCAGAAAGCUGCAGGUGGAAAUUUACCUACAGCAGCUGAAAUUAGUAAAGCAUUAACCCCAGCUUUACAGAAGAUCGACUUUUCCAAUAUUAAGAAUGGUGCCGAGGCUGUGAAAUCCGGUUUAGAUAACAUGAGUCCUGCUAAAACUCCGGCAGCGGCACCAAAAGCUUGA